ACAGCAACAGCAGCAGCAGCAGCAUCAGCAGCAGCAACAAUCUCGACCGCAGUCGACGCUACUUCAGCAACGGCAGCAUCCAAGUAUGUUGGCCACCGCGGUAUCACCCAGGCACAGUAUGCUGCCCCACGCAAUGAAAGCCGAGAUAAAGUCCGAAGCCGAGAUAGACAACUCCUGCGACGUACCCUUAAACCUAAAAAGCGAGGUGAGUUAUCCGAACGGGCCGCACUCAUCCGACUCAUUACUAAAUGGAAAAGACUCACUGGACAGUGACAGGAGCAGUACCGGAAGUCCGGAGCCAGCCUCCGGCUCGCUCCACGAGCAUCAGAUGAUAAUGGAGGGCAUGAGAAACUCGCGGAAGAGGCGGCGUAGUCCCUCGCCGAAGAAUAUCGAACACGCGAAGCGCGCUGCGGUGGCCCAGGCUCAUCUCAACGGCACCAUGGCCGGCAUGGUAACGCUCCAGAAUCUCCAGAAUCUGGCGAAUCUGCAGAACCUACCGCAGGUGGCCUCUUUCGCAGCUGGUCUCCAGGGCAUGUCCAGCGAGCUCACCAACAAUCAGCUUAUUAAUGCGCCGCUCAAUCUCACCGUCACCUCACCAGCUGGAACGGUCUCGACGACACCCUCGUGCACCACGGAGCCAAUGGCGACGCUCACCCAGCUUCUAUCUCAGCCCCAGCCCGUGGCGAUGCCGCAGUUCAUUAUGACCUCGGGCCAGCUCGUGCAGGGUAUCCAGGGUGCUCAACUUCUUAUACCCACGUCGCAAGGAAUUGCCACACAAACCAUUCUGACCAUUCCCGUGAGCCACGUUAGUACCAACAACCAAAUAGUAAACCUAGCGCUGAGCAACGGUCAAGUCGUGUCGACGACGCUUGCGAAUCUGCAGUCGAUCGCACAGCCCCAAGGCAUGAUGAACACUCCUACGAACAACGUGCCGACGAGUCCGAGCCUAGCCCCGGGCUUGGGCCUCAACCCCGCGGCCCUGCCGCACUUGCUCAGCAACAGCUCUGCGAGCCAGCAACUGCUCAGUGCGAUGCAGCCCCAGCAGCUACUACAGGCGGCCCAGGCGGCCCAGGCCCAGGCCGUACAGGCGGCCCAUCAGGCCCAGCAGCAGGCUGCCUCACAGCAGCAGGCGGCAUCCCAGCAGCAACAGCAGCAGCAACAGCAGCAGCAGCAGCAGCAACAACAGCAGCCGCUCCUCGCCACCUCGCCCCAACAACAUGGACAUCGGCAUGGAUCACACAUCAAUCAUUACGCGCAGCAGCAGCAGCAACAGCAGCAACAGCAACAACAACAGCAACAGCAACAGCAGCAGCAGCAACAGCAGCAGCAGCAACAGUCGGAGAAGCACCACAGGGAACGGGUGGAGCAGUCCUCGCCACUUAACGGAUCAGCGGUCUCGGCUGCCUCGGCCCUAAAUCGGCUCGCAGCGAGUAACGGCGAGAUCACCAUCACCACGACGCACGGCCCGACCAGCGUCAAUGUCAAGGCCUCGCCCAACAGCGUCCACAGCGUCAAGGAUGAAGACGACGACCUCCUCAACGACUCCUCCAAUCAACCCACGAUUGAUAAAGCCACGAACAACCUUGUUGAUGGCGUUAAUUUAGACGAAAUAAAGGAAUUCGCUAAAGCCUUUAAGCAGCGCCGAGUGUCACUGGGGCUGACGCAGACGCAGGUCGGUCAGGCCCUCAGCGUGACUGAGGGCCCGGCCUACAGCCAAAGUGCCAUUUGCAGUGCCCUGGCUUUCCAGAUGUACGCUCAGCAGCAUAUGUUCGAGAAGCUUGACAUAACGCCAAAGAGCGCCGUGAAAAUCAAGCCCGUGCUAGAGACGUGGAUGAAGGAGGCCGAGGAUAGGUAUAAGAGCGGUGUCAACCACCUGACGGAUUUCAUCGGCGUGGAGCCUAGCAAAAAGCGGAAGCGGCGAACCUCGUUCACGCCCCAAGCCCUAGAGCUGCUUAACGCGCAUUUCGACAGAAACACGCAUCCUUCCGGUAACGAGAUUACAGCGCUUGCACAGCAACUGGGCUAUGAUCGCGAGGUAAUUAGGAUCUGGUUCUGCAACAAGAGACAGGCGCUCAAGAACACCGUUAGAAUGAUGUCGAAGAGCUUAUCCUAAAAUACCGCCGAUGAUGUCACGUGGAUUCGACCAAUGCUCAAUGUUCAAGAGCAAAGUAGCAGCAGCAGCGGUGGAGGCGGUGGCGGCGGUGGCGGCGACUCGCUUAUAACUGCAGCGGAUUUUGCAUUUCACGGGGGAAGCAAACAUGCAUACGAUUUGCUACAUAUGACACUGUGAGAAUAUUAUAGCUUUAAAGCUUCGUUGUGAUCCGUCAAACGGACCGUCGAGAUAAAUGAUGAUAAAGGAGAGAGGAACACACAAAUGUAGAGAGGAAAGAAG